AUGCCAGAUUUCUACUUUUUAAUAAGAUGGUUAUGUAAAGUUAUAGUAAAAUCAGUAUUUAGAGAUGUGAACGUUAUAAACCCGGAAAAUGUGCCCUUGUAUGGAUCUGUUAUAUUUGUUGGGAAUCAUAAUAAUCAGUUUAUUGAUGCAUGUGUAUUGAUAGCAAAUAUUCCCAGACAAGUGAAGUUUAUUGUUGCUGAGAAAUCUAUGCGAAGAGCUGUAAUUGGAAAAUUGGCUAGUGUUAUUGGUUGUAUAAGUGUGAAGAGACCACAAGAUUUAAAAUUUAAAGGUAUUGGUCGUAUAUGUUGGAAUGAAGGUGAUGUAAAAAUAACAGGAAUAAAUACUAGAUUUAAAUUGGAUGUUCAAGUUGGUGAUAAAUUAUUAACACAAAAUAAAAUGUUUCCAGUUGUUAAAAUAGAAUCAGAGACUGAAUUGAUAAUUCAAGAAGGUAUGAAUAUAGAAUGUGAAGAUAAAAUUAAUGGUGUAUCAUUUAAAAUUAUACCUAAAAUAAAUCAAUCAGAAGUUUAUAAUUUAGUUACAAAUAGUUUAAAAAAUGGUGAUACUAUUGGUAUAUUUCCAGAAGGUGGUUCACAUGAUCGUACUAAUUUAUUACCAUUAAAACCAGGUGUAGCUAUUAUGACAUUAUGUGCUUUAGCUGAUGGUAUUGAAGAUGUUUCUAUUAUACCUGUUGGUUUAUCAUAUUCUAAAUUAUAUCAGUUACAAGGUUGUGCUACAUUGUUUUAUGGUAAUGCUAUUAUAAUAUCUCAAGAUUUAUGUAAAGAAUAUAAUAACAACAAUAGAGAAGCCAUUUCAAAAUUAUUAAGCAGAAUUGAAGAAGGUAUGAGAAGUUGUAUGCUUACAUCAAAAGAUCAUGAAACUAGUAGAUGUAUUGAAUUAUGUGUAAGCUUAUAUACACCUGAAAGAAUGACUAUUUCAAAAAAUAAAAUAUAUAAUAAUUUACAAUUAUUUUGUAAAAUGUUUUGGAAAUUUGGUGAUUCCAAAGUUAUCGAAAAUUUAUCUUAUGAAUUAAAAUGUUAUGAAAAAUUAUUACAAGCUAAUAAAAUUAAAGAUGAUGAAGUUUGGAUGCUUAAACAAUCUACUUCAGCAGCUACAUUAAAGUUUAUUGAACAUAUAUGUACAUUUAUUUUUUGUGUUAUUUUUGGUAUGACCUUUUCAUUAUUAUGGUUACCCUUAGUUCUAAUUUCUAUAUAUCUAGCUGAAAGACAUAGAAAAGCUGCUCUUAGAAAUAGUACUAUAAAAAUACAAGGGGGAGAUGUAGUAUCAAGUUAUAAAGUAUUAGUAUUAAUUGUUCUUUUACCGACGUUUAAUAUUGUAUAUGGAUUAUUAUUUAGUAUUUGUCUUUAUCAUUCUUGGCUCAAAAGAAUUCUCUUUGUAUUUCUGAGCAUGUGUAUUUUACCAAUAUUUUAUUAUAUCAAUUUAAAUUAUGCAGUACAAAUACCUAUCUUGUUAAGACAAAUGAAAAUACUCUUAAAGGUCAUAUGUGGAAAAAUUAAUGUUUGGAGAGAUAACGAGAGAGAAUUAAUAAGUACUAGACAUGAAUUGCAGUUAAAAGUUCGUGAGUUAGUUUCUACUUUAGGUCCAGAUGUAUCAGAUGACUUUCUUGAGCAACUUUAUAGAAAUAUACCAAAAUUUGUUGUAGAUGCAGAUACGAAAAGAUUGAUAAGAGGAAAGGAUGAAUUCUUACCAAUAUUGCAGCGUUCUCAAUUAGAAUACAAAGAGGAGAUAUUAUAA